UGACAGUAAUAUUUGAGGUUAGGUGAUAAUAAUGUAAUUAUAAUUAAUCCAAAUCCAAUUAUAAAUAAAAAUUCAAUAUAAUUGUCCACGUCCAUACAUGAUUUGUGUUAGAGACAAUUAACACAACAAUAUCAAUAAAUUUUUAACUCAGAUAAGUUGUUAUUCCAGUAAGUACCAUAGAAAAGUUAUAUAUUGGACAAAAUGAAAGUUGCAGCUGGAUUUGUUAUAUUUAGAAUUGUAAACAAUAUUGAAUACCUCCUGUUACAAACUUCUUAUGGCAUACACCACUGGACUCCUCCAAAGGGGCACGUUGAUCCUGGAGAGACUGAUAUCAUGGUCACUGCAUUUAGAGAAACUCUUGAAGAAUCAGGCCUUACAAAGGACGAUUUAAAAGUGUAUGAAGGUUGCAAGACAACAUUACAUUAUAAAGUUAAUAACAAGCCAAAAGAAGUUCAUUACUUUUUAGCCGAACUGAUUAAACCAAAUGCAAAAGUUAUAUUGUCAGACGAACACCAAGAUUUUAAGUGGUUAGGAUUGUCGGAGGCUUGUGAAAUCGUAGGAUAUGAAGAGUUGCAGAAUACACUUAAAGAAUUUGAAAAGUGCAUUACUGACAAGAGAAAUCGGUCAAUCAACUCAAAAUAAAUUUUCAAAAUGAUAUAAUUUUAAAUACAAUGUGAUAAACUCUAAAUACAAUGUGAUAAAUUAUUUUAUAAACAUAAGUUUUAAACUUGUAUAUUUAAGGCUAUGCAUGCAACAAGCCAAACUCGACUUUAUGCGAUUUUUUAUUUUUUUACCAUUCUUUUUUAAGUUCAUCCCUUCAUAUGACACAUUAUCUUCAAUUUAAUGGAUCCGCCGAAUAACGUAAGCACCACAUUAUUCAUUUUUAAGAAAUCGAACAAAAACUGUUAAAAUUAUAAUAAUGGUAAAUGUCUAACACAGCGUUUCUUAACCGGUGGGUCACGACCCACUAGUGGGUCGCGGUGUGGCUCUUACAGUAGCUGAAUAACAUACAUAUAUAUCAUCAUGGGUGAGGGAUGGAUCGCGAAUAUAAAAAAACGUCAGAAGGUGGGUCGCCAGACAUAAAAGGUUGGGAACCACUGGUCUAACAGUUUAAGGGUUAGCAAUACAGUACACAGUAGUUAUAGUUACAAACUGUACUACUAACCCUUAAAAUGUAUAAAUUUACCAUUAUUAUAAUUUUAACAUUUCUUGUUUGAUUAUUUUAAAACAGAUAAUCUGGCACUUACAGUGUUACUUGGCGGACCCAUUGAAUUAAGUAUAAUCAAAUUUGCAGAGUUCACCCUAACUCAACAACUUUAAAAUUGAGUUUUCCUCAAAACAGAGAUUUCAAAGUUCACCCUUAUCUCAUGCAUAGCCUCAUUUGUUUAUUAUAUUUUUUAGACAUUAAAAUUGUAAAAUGGGGUUUUAGCAAACUUUGUAAAAUAUAAUAAAAUAUCUUUGUAAAUGCUACUUAACGA